AUGCACUAGGUAUCAUCAAAACAGAAAACAGACAACACAUCACUUCGUUCAUAAGAUAGUAAUCGAGGUUUCUAUGAAGAUUUUAUCAGCAUAUUAACGCUAUUAGACUAUCAUCCACAGCUACUGACAACCCAAAGUAAGAUUUGGUGCUUUAAUUAGUUAUUUGUAUUAAAAUCAAUAGGAAUUUUGAUAUUUUAGUCUUAAUCCACGAUGAAACGACCAACAUAUGAACGAGUUUUUGUGACCGUCGGAACCACUCAAUUCGAGGACCUAAUUGAUACCGUUAUUGAUGCACCAGUGGUAUCCGAGCUACGAAGAAUGGGCUGUAGGAAACUAGUGCUACAAAUAGGCCGCGGUAAAGACCCUAAAAUCGACAAGGAACUAUUAGGGAACGACGUCGAAGUUCGGUUCUACGACCUCAAGGCCAGUAUCGCCGAAGACAUCCAGCAGGCGGAUCUGGUCAUCAGUCAUGCCGGUGCCGGAAGCUGCAUAGAAGUGUUGGGAGCGGCGAAACCACUGGUGGUGGUUGUAAACGAAAAACUGAUGGAUAACCACCAAACCGAACUGGCUGACCAGCUGGCGCAGGAGGGAUACUUGAAGCGAUGCACACCGUCAACAUUGGCACAAACCUUGGCCGAGAGUGAUUUUGGGCAGCUGAAGAAAUUUCCGCCGGGAUCGGUGCAAGAUUUUGUCAGUUUUCUGGAUGCGUUUAUGGGCUUUUAGAAAGCAGAUUUUUUUAUGACUUACGUUAUACAUAUUUAUUACCGUAGCAAUAAGUGAAUCUAUUACGAUUAAUUAUAGUAUUUCUAAUAAACAUUCUUAUACUGUUAUAUCAAUUACAACAGUGAUCAUCA